AUGAGUGAGAAAUAUGAUGAAUGUUUGAACAUUGAAGAUGGUGCUACUCCGAGACCAACCGUCAACAACAUUACUAAGAGAAAGGAAAAUAAGCAAAAGCAUAAAGCUGGACAAAAAGUGAGUAAAAAAGAAGUUACCAAGAAUAACAAGCAAGAAGGAGAAGCUACUAAUUACAAGCCUCGAAUGUUCAUAGGUCUUUAUGUUUGCAAGGAAUAUAAUGGAGCUAGAUAUCUGGGAACUGUUAUUUCCUACAGCACCAAAAAGAAAAUGAUGAAAAUUGAAUAUGAAGAUGGUCGAACUGAAUUUUUGGAGAAGGAGGAGGUUAAGAAAAUUAAGGCUACUCAAAAAGACAUAUUAGACGCUCAAAAAGCCUUAAAAGAAAGGAAUAUUUCGAAGAAGACGAGUUCAAGAAAUAAGAAAAGGGUGGAGACAGCAGGAGAGAGUUCAACUACAACGAAGAAGAAAAACAAAGCUUCGGACAAAGAAGAAAAACCUCGUCGUUAUCCCUUAAUGAUGAGGGCUUCUAAUGACUUGAGUGUAUGA